AUGUUGGUCCCUUUGCAAUACUUUAGCCCGUUUGAGCUAUAUUCACCGGCAGCGAUCAACUCUACACUUGAUCUCUGCCGAAACUUUUGUCAAACACUGUUUGAGAGUCGCGUUCACGAAAAUGAACCAACGGAUUCUGUUCUUCGCGGAGAGGACAUUAGAUUUUUAUAUCACAUUGUGUCAUCGUCUCAUGAAGCAAAGAGCUCUGGUGACAGAAAUGGACUCUUUGUUAAGCGCAUGCUGGUCACUAGCGGAGAUGUUGUUCAGCAUACGCCAGAGUCAAAAAGGGGGAGGUCGUUUGAGCGAGGUAUUACUCGGUUCUGCUGUUCAGGCUUGCUGGGAACUUUGCGACAUAUUUCCCAAGCGAUAUUUAAUCAGGCUGAGCAGCAGACUAGCCAACUCAGGCACAGCCUCAGAGGCGAGUUACGCAACUGCUAUUUCUCCCGACGAAAGGCCAGUUCCAAACAUUUUCGUUUUAGGUCAGGUAUCCCCAGCGCACAACUCCAAUAUGAACUUGUCGUCCAAUUCGUCUAUUAUCUCGACGAAAACCCACUCUUCUGGACAGACAUCUUCGACCAACACCGUCACGAUUCCGACUAA